CUCACAGGAGGUGCUCUGGAAAAGCAGAGAUCAAACUUGCAUAGAAAGGAGAGGAAGGGGUUUCCUUUCAGCCAGAACCACCAUCUUCCAGUAAUUCGCCAAAAUGACGAACACAAAGGGAAAGAGGAGAGGCACCGGAUAUAUGUUCUCUAGGCCUUUUAGAAAACAUGGAGAUGUUCCUUUGGCCACAUAUAUGCGAAUCUGUAAGAAAGGUGAUAUUGUAGACAUCAAGGGAAUGGGUACUGUUCAAAAAGGAAUGCCCCACAAGUGUCACCAUGGCAAAACUGGAAGAGUCUACAGUGUUACUCAGCAUGCUGUUGGCAUUGUUGUAAACAAACAAGUUAAGGGCAAGAUUCUUGCCAAGAAAAUUAAUGUGCAUAUUGAGCACAUAAAGCACUCUAACAGCCGAGAUAGCUUCCUGGAACGCGUGAAGGAAAAUGAUCAGAAAAAGAAAGAAGCCAAAGAGAAAGGUACCUGGGUUCAGCUAAAGCGCCAGCCUGCUCCACCCAGGGAAGCACACUUUGUGAGAACCAACGGGAAGGCGCCUGAGCUGCUGGAACCUAUUCCCUAUGAAUUCAUGGCAUAAUAGGUGUUAAACAAAAAAAAAUAAAGGAUCUCUGGGCUACAAAAAAAAAAAAGAAAGGAGAGGAAGGGC